UCAUCAACACACCACAACACAAGCCUUCCUGCGGGAGAAGCGUAAUUCUCUCUGACUAAAUAUACUGGUUUGUCUCGUAUUUGCCGUCUGUUUUACAAAAGUCACGAGUAAUAUUGUUCGUAGUUUUAAUGUGAGGUCAGUAUUCUUCUGGCGAAUGCUAAUUCAGACGCUAGCUAGCUGCUAGCGCAGCUCCGUCUCCGGGGCGAUGGACGCCCUCAGUGUGGUCCAGGAUGAAGUGGCUCUGGAGGGACUGGACGGGAUUACUAUUCCAAGUCUGUGGAUUCGACUGAGUAGCAGGAGGCAGCCCUUUGCCCUGAAGUUGGACGAGCUCACGAAGGGGUUCAUUUGGCGGUAUCUGGCCUCGAACACCGAGCUGAAGUUCUACCAACUUCCAGAGGAGAGAGACGAUGUUGUUCUGUUUGACAGAUUUGCGUAUGAGGUGGUUGAAGUUAAAAGAAAGGAGAUCUAUCCACUUAACAUCAUCGUCAAUAACAAGGAUGGCCUGCGUGGUUCUUGUUCCACCUUCAACGAAAGAAAGGACGUGACACAUGAGGUCCGCUCCGAAGGCCCAAGCCCCCUGCUCAGCUUGACUGAGGCGACUGAGAGAUAUGGACGAAAGCUUGUUGUGGUGGCGUCUCAGUCGCUGCGACUCCAUGCGCUGUUGGGUCCGGAGACUGAUCCAGAUGUGAAACUCAGCGACGAGUGUUACUGCAUUUUGGAGCGCGUUGGUCGAGGCCGCUGGCAGGGGGAGGUGCAGAGCGACAUGCAUGGAUCUUGGUUUAAACUGGACGCCAGGAAGUUUCACUACGUCCGGAAGGGACUGAUCAGGCACAGACUGGUGGUCAUGCAGUCCUACCUCAUACGUCAGGUGGUCGGCCAACACAAACACUCCAUCCUGCUGCUGCUCAAACGCUUCUAUGUCAACAGGAGGUCCAAAUACGAUGUUCUGGCCGAACGUAUGUCUAUCUUCAUGUCACAGAUGCCCUUACAGUUUGCCACGUUUUUGUGCCUCCGACAACAACUGCGAUUAAAUGAGCGAACACUGAAGCGCGUGCUGUGCGACUUGAAAGAGUCCAAGUGUGUUCAGAGCUGCAGGCUCCCGCUGGAGGACUUGGAUAAUGAAGGCGGACCUUGUCUCACUAAAAAAGGAAACAAGGUGAUGGUUCAAGGUUUUAAAUUAGUAAAACCCUAUGAAAGCAAAUUUAACAUGGCGGAGGACGACGACGAGGAUGAGGACGAUGAUGAAGACGUGGGCGGCAAGAGAAGUGUUGUUCCAGCGGUCGGUCGAUUCAUGGAGAUGGACCUGAUUUCACAGAGUUAUUAUUACAUCUUAUCCUGUGGCACUAAAGGGAUCCCCAAAUCCUAUGUGGGUGCAAAGAUGAACAUCGGUAAGCUGGAAUCUCGCAUGAUCUGCCGAAGGCUAGAGAAGGACGGUCUCAUAAAGGGUUUCAUGGAAGACGUAGGUCGGCAGAGGAUUACAAAGUACAUCAGCCACAACUGUGUGGGUGGGAGCGAUCACCUACAGCAGUUUGCCAAAGAGCAGGAACGGCAAAAGCUUCUGUGCUCUGACAUACAGUCAGCCAACACGUCACCUGAGGUGACGCGAAAGCUUGGAGGGAAAAGUGAGAAAACCCCGUCCGCAAAGAAGCCCAAAAAGCAGUCGCAGAAGGGGACGGAGAGGGCGAGUGUGGAUGAGGAGACCAAUGUUCCAAAGACACCAGUGAAGCAGCGUGGAAGGAAGACGCCUAAAAAAAAACAGGAUCCUGAAGUGCAGGAAACAGGACAACCUACUGCUGUUGAAUGUGAAGCCACCAGCACCAACGACAGCAAGCAGAACCAGGCUGAGUCCAGAUCAGAAGAAACUGAGGAGGAGAAGGAAGUUUUACCUCUGAGUGAGACUUCGUUAAAAGACUCAGACCCAGCUGGGAACCUUGUGACCAACGCUUUAGAUUCUUUAUCUGAAAAGCUUUCAAAGUCAGCAAAAAAAUCUCUGGAUAAGUCCAAGGAGACGUACCGUGUUCUGAGACGGAAGAACAUCAUCAUCGAGGCUGUCCAGAGCCUCAAAGUAGUAGAGGGCGUAUUCCCGCUGCAAAAGAUGGUCAAUGAAGCAGAGCGGCUGGAUGGAUGCAGCUCCACCUGCUGCAAGAAAACCAUCAUGCGUCUUGUCAUGACCCUAGCGAGAGAAGGUCUGCUGAAGAUUUACUCCACCACUGUCAUACAGGAUGGGAUCGCAAAGAAGGUAGACAUGGUCGUUCAUCCUUCCAUUGAGCAGAACGACCAGCUGGUGCUGAGUGUCAUUGAGCAGGUUCGUUUCAGAAUCUCCGGAGUGACAACGGCAGCACGCUCUCAAGCAGAGGAAGACGCCAGCAACAAAGAAUAUUCAGAGAUGACUGGUUGCGUGUUUAAAUCCCAAAAGUGCAUUGGCCCAAAGAAGCAAGAAGGCACUAAAGAAGAGGCAUUCAAACCAACGAGAGUUCCUGGUUUGGGAAGGAGUUUGGGUUUCCAGCCCAAGAUGCACCGCCUGCAUGUUGUCCAUGCUUUCCUCUGGUACGUGAUCUAUGGCCAGAAAGCAGAAUCUGGGUCCAACUCUGAAGAUUCACAGACUGAAAACGAGUCGUUGGAAAAGACUUCUUGCGACUCCCCUCAAGUGGAGACAUCUGACUCAGCUCCCUUGGAGUCAGCUCCUCCUGAGGAGAGUGAACUGCAGCGUAACUUGGCACCAAGUCCGAGUGAGAGGAAUGGAGAGGAGGAGUCCUGGAAGAAGUUCAUCCCGCCUCUUCGCUCUCACAAGGGUUACUCGUGGGGCUGGGCAAUGAUCAGUGACCUGCUCCUUUGCAUGCCCCUCUCCGUCUUCGUCCAGAUCAUACAGAUCAAUUACACGGUUGAUGGACUGGAGGAUUAUGUGAACGAUCCCGUGAGGCAACACCAUCUCAUCAGAGAUCUGCCUUCCCAAAUGCGAAGACAGCUUCUCUACAAAAGGAAAUACAUUUUCAGUUUUCAUGAGAACCUUCAGAAGUUGACCUACAUGGGUCUGCUGCAGUUUGGUCCCAAUGGAAAGUUCAACGACAAAGACCAUGUGUUUGUGUAUCUGAAGCGCAACGCCACCAUCGUCGACACCACCAGCUCGGAGCCGCACUACUGGCUGGUCUCCGAGUCUCCAGACAAACCCUUCGAGAAACGCCGUUAUCAGUUCAACACUUUUCAGGACGUGGAGAACUUCUGGUUCGAUCUGAUGUGUGUCUGCCUCAACACACCACUAGGAGUCAUUCGUCAUCAGAGGGGCGAGAACGAGACCUCUCCCUCAUUCUAUAAUGACCGGAGCGUCUUUGUAGGAAUGGCUCACCUACUGAAAGGCAGCCUCGAGGUCUGUGAUGACGCCUCCACGCCAGGAGAUGGAAAAGGUGCCGGAGGUUUGGACUCCGAGUUCUUCUCGCACCUGAAACGAAACUGGCUUUGGACCAAUCACCUCCUGUCUGACAAGAAGUCUUCGACUGCUGCUCAAAGCAAGAUCCGAUUGAAAAGCCUGAUGAGUAAAAACCUCCUGCACUUUGCAACCAAAGCAGGAAACUCUACAAACCCGUGUUAUGUCACACCGAAGAAGCCUUUGGUCCGAGUAGAAGAUGUGGAGGUUGCCUCUGAACCAGCCUCCAGGAACCAGCAGGUGGUUGGAGGCAAGCAUCAGAAGAGGAAGCGGAUGAAGAAGGAGGUCGUCAGGGUUCCACGCAAAAGGAAGAAAGAAGCCAGAAAACGCCUUCCUGCUCACGAUGAGGUGGACCACAAAGCUUUAAAGAUGAUGACCAGGCAGCGAGUCAUCUGGAAGUUACAGGAGGACUCGGUCAUUUUGCUGGGCAAUGUGGCGAGCCACUUGCUCAAUAGCAAGCUGAAAAAGCCCUUCAUCUGGUAUUGCGUCCUGAGGGACAUGCUUCACGCGGAGCUGGCGUAUUCUUUAGACAAAACCUCUCUGGCCGUCGGACGUCGAUCACGUUACAUCCUGAAGAAUCCUCAGACGCUGCUGAACUACAGGAUCUGUUUGGCUGAAGUCAGACAGGACGUAGGGCUGAUGCAGCAGCUGGAGGAGAAUCUCCCUGCGGACCCCAACAAUUCUGACGACUGUGCCAAAGCCUUCGCGGAGUACAUCAGACUGCUGAGGCUCAGGUUCAGCUCCUUUAACAGUUCCUCCCAGAUGGACAGAACGUUUGACACCAAAGAGCAACUUUUCUCCAGGUUUCAAGUUUGUACCAUUGAAAACAAGUGCAAGGCCCCAUUGAAAGAAGUUAUCAACAGCACCGCUGACAUCCAGGCAAUCGUUUUGCAGAACCUGAUCCAGAGUACUCUGUCCAUGAACAACUUCCAGAUGAGGUCUUUGAGAUCCUUCCAGACCUUCCACAUGUACAGCCAGUACAAUCAGGAGCUGCUCUGUCAAGUCUUCCUCCAGUGCAGGAAGAAAGGCUUGGUAAACCGCCGUCGUGUGGGGAAGCUGCCAGGCGGUCCCAAGAAGAACCGGGCGCUGCCCAUCCUGCCCAUGUCCUACCAACUCUCACAGACAUACUACAGGACGUUUUCAUGGCGCUUUCCUCACUCGCUGUGCUCAGACUGCUUCCGCUUGUUCAAGGGCCUGACCAUACACGAGGCGAGAGACGAUCGACGCAGCCUGUCUUUCUACCACGAAACACAUUUAAGGACCCAAGAUGUGGAGGUCAUGCUGAAGACCAAAGGAGACGAAGGAGGUGUGAAGAAGGACAGCAGACAAGAAGCAGCGACCUUAGAUGAACCAGUCGCAGAGGACGGAGAAGAGAAACGUGAGACGCGGCCGAACACAGAGGCUGGUGAAGAUGCGCCUGUCGGGAAGCAGGUGGACGGCUCUCAUCCUGAAGAAAAGCAGGGCGGUUCAGACACCACCUCAUUGGAGGAACCGGAUCCCCCCGACAUGCUGCUUUACUCGAUGGAUUCUCCUGGUGGAUCCUGCUUGGCAGCCCUCAGCCUCAUCAGCCUCGGUUGGGUGUCGCUGCACUUGUCCGUUCCCAAGCAGAUGGUGGUGGUGGACAGCCAACUGGUGGACAAGGACGUCGUGAAGAGCAUGAACGUGCUGGAGGACGACGACAAUGACGAGGACGACAGGGACGAAUGUGUUGGGAAGAAGAUGGAAGUGAAAGCCCACCAAGCGUCGCAUACCAAAUAUCUGAUGAUGCAGGGAUACUGCAGCCCCGGCAUCGUCAAGAAUCGAAACCUCAACACCAACGACAGCAUCGUGGUGGAGUCCUGCAUCAUCAGGUUGCAGCUGAGAAACACUCCGACUCACCAAGUGUUCCUUCAGGACGAUUUCGACCCCUCGUCUUACUCCAAAACGGGUCCCUCGCUGCUGCCUCCCUCUCUCACACAGUUCGUGCAGUCGUCCAGCUCCCUUUCCAGCGAAGAGCAGGACCGAAAUCUGGUGGAAAAAGGCUACUCUGCUCAGGAUGUGGAGGAGUGCGCCCUGCUGAGGCGCAGCCUGGACGACGCUGGUGAGAAGGGGAUCGAUGAAGAAGACUUCCUACAAGUUCACGCACAGCUACUGGAGCUGCAGGGUGGACGCACCAGGACCCUGCAUCAGUACAUGAAGGAUAUGCUAGAUGAUGGCCAGGUGCUGAAGGUCGGAGGCCUGUCUUACCGCUGGGUGCUGAUGAAGCAUGCUGAGCCGUGGCUGCUCACCAUUCCCUCCAAUAAAUGGCAACCGCAAAGCAAGGACCUCCACAGAGUCCGGCAACCACGCAAGAGAAGCAGGAGGGAGGCCGACGUGCAGCCGGACGAGCCGCCACUCAAACGCUCUGCCCCCGGUGAAGAGGAGGGACCAGAGGAGGCUCAGGUGCAGAGUGAGGUAGCAGCUGAGGUGACAGAGACUGGCCAGCAGGGGCACCCCAGAUCUACCGGAGGAGGUCAGGAGAGUGGCAGCCAAUCUGUGGCCGACCGUGACAAUCCAGAGGAGAAAGAGGCGAUGAGUGGAGAAGCCGAAGAAAGUCAUGAAGAAGAACCGGCGGCUGGAGGAACCAGACUAGAAGAAGCGCCUGCAGCUGCAGAGUCUGUCGAGAACGUGAAGCGCUUCAUCGGACGGCCCUGGAGGAUGACCGACGGGAAGCUGAACCGCCCGGUGUGCAAGGGCAUGCUGGAGGGAGUCCUGCAGCACAUCAUGAGCUGUCCCGGGGUCACACUGCAGACUCUGCUGGAGUACUACAAGAGGGUGGUGCAGCCUGUCGUCCUGAUGGAGCUGCUGCAGGCACUCGUCGAAAUGGGUUGCGUCACCAGGAGGACCCUGGUCAAAAAACCCAAACCGACUUUGUUCAGCCACCGCUCAGACCCGAGUGAGCGGCAAGUGCUGCUCGAAAAGCCGGACGCCGUGUUUUACGAGCCAACCGUCAGCUGCUGCCUGCGCCUCGGCCACGUGUUUCCCAACGAACGCCACUGGAGCUACGUGACUCAGUGAUGGGCGGAUUGUUUCUGGUUUUACAGAAAUUCUCCUUCGCUCUGUAUGAAUAUUUGUCAUUUUCCAUCAUGCUUCUUAACAUUUCCUGAAAUAAAUAAAUGCAUUUGAUUUGUUGUUCAAUG